AUGCAGUCCACGCAAGCAACACCAGAAGACAAAAUGGAGCUAUCAGCAGUGACAGUGUCUUCAAGGAUCCCUGAUUUUUGGCGUGACCAACCCCGACUUUGGUUCGUGCAAUGCGAGGCGAUACUGGGACCGCAAAAAUUAAGCGACGAAGCGAGAUACAACUUGGUGGUCACAAAAUUGGGAAAGGAGGUCGUCGAACAAGUUAGCGACAUACUACUGAAACCUCCCGAGUCUGGAAAAUUCGAAGCCUUGAAAACUCGCCUAAUGACUGUCUACGAGGAAUCGGAGAUGCGACAGUUCCAAAAACUCUUAAGUGAGAUGGAACUUGGCGACCAGAAGCCCUCCCAGCUCCUGCGUCGCAUGAGAGACCUAGCUCGCGACAAAAUACCCGACGAGACUCUAAAAAUCAUGUGGCAGAGCCACCUUCCGUCGUCCGUUCGAGCCGUGCUUGCCGUCAGCGAUGUCCAGGUUUUGGAUAAAUUAGCCGCCAUCGCUGAUAAGGUCAUGGAGACCUCCAGACCCAUACAAAUAUCCGAAGUUCAGGCGUCACCUUCAACCAGUUCAAACGGUGACCAUGCUUUUAUUUUAGCUGAAAUAGCUAAACUAACCAUGAAAAUUAACGACAUGGAGAGAAACAGAAACCAAUCAAGGAAUUUCAACAAUAAUAGAAAUCGUUGGCGAUCGCGAUCCACGUCACGAGGUCGUAACCAGAGCCGACGCACACCCGACAGUCCUAAUUGGCUUUGCUUCUAUCAUCAUAAAUUCCGUGGUAGAGCUAAAAAAUGCGUAGACCCGUGCUCCUGGAAAAAGGAUGAUCAUCGUCAGGAAAACUAG